AUGAGGGGAGGCCAAGGUCAGCGCCCGACCCCGGCGCUGUCACGCCCGCCUGGUCCCACGCGCAACUCCGCGCUCAGGACGCGGCCAUCUCCGAAGCUGGCCGCGGGCGGCCGGGGGUCACGCGCAGGGCGGAGGUCGCGGCCCGGCAGGGAAGCGGCGCGGGCGGGUGCGGCGAGGCCGGGCGGGAGCGAGCGGGCCGCCCCGACGCCGCCCGGGCAGCGGGCAGCUCUCCCUGGAGCCCGCGGCCAGGCGGGAAUCCCGGACCGGGGCCUCGCCCUGCCCGGCGGGGAGCUGCGGGCGGGAACCCCGCGUCUCCGCGAGACGGCGCCCGGCGCGGCCGCGUCCCCUCCCCGCGCGCGCGGACGCCGGCCGGGAGGCCCCGGGUCCCCGUUUGCAGCGGAGAACCGGGAGGCCGGGCGGCCUCGCCCCCCGGGCGCCGGGACGGUCGGGAGGGGGCGCCGCGCGCCGGCCGGGUCCCGCCGCCCUCCCUCCGCCCCGGCACCGGGAGCGCCGCUCCCCGCACGGCGCAUGCCCGGCCCGGAGCCGCAGGCGGGCGCGGAGCGGGCGCGGGCGCGGCGCCGGCGCGGGGUCGGGGCCGGGCGGUGCGGGGCCCGGAGGCCGCUCACGCCCCGGCGCCCCCGGGCUCGGGGCCGGGGCUCGGAGAUGGGCGCGGGCCGGGCGCGCGCCUUUGUCUCGGGCGCUCCCGCGCGGGCGGCGCCGGGCCGGGCCGGGCCCCAGGGCCCGGGCUCCAGUCGUCCUCCGGCCGCCGUGGGGCGGCCUUCGGCCGCGAGCUCGGGGGGUGGGGGGGAGGGGGGAGGAGGGAGGGGGGAGGCGGGGAGCGGGGGCGGGGAGAGCCCGGAGGAGCGCGGCGCCCUGCGGCUGGCGCUGGACCAGCUGUCCCUGCUGGGGCUGGACGACGAGGGCGCCGCGCCCUACGGCGAGCCCCGCCGGCGCAGCGUGAACAUGACCGAGUGCGUGCCGGUGCCCAGCUCCGAGCACGUCGCCGAGAUCGUGGGGCGGCAAGGCUGUAAGAUCAAGGCCCUGCGCGCCAAGACCAACACCUACAUCAAGACGCCGGUGCGCGGCGAGGAGCCGGUGUUCGUGGUGACCGGCCGCAAGGAGGACGUGGCCAUGGCGCGCAGGGAGAUCAUCUCGGCGGCCGAGCACUUCUCCAUGAUCCGCGCCUCGCGGCACAAGAGCGCGGCGCUGAGCGGCGGCGCGGCGCCCGGCCCGCCCGCGCUGCCGGGGCAGACCACCAUCCAGGUGCGCGUGCCCUACCGCGUGGUGGGGCUGGUGGUGGGGCCCAAGGGCGCCACCAUCAAGCGCAUCCAGCAGCAGACGCACACCUACAUCGUGACGCCCAGCCGCGACAAGGAGCCGGUGUUCGAGGUCACGGGCAUGCCCGAGAACGUGGACCGCGCGCGCGAGGAGAUCGAGGCGCACAUCGCGCUGCGCACCGGCGGCCUGGUGGAGCUGCCGGACGGCAACGACUUCCACGCCAACGGCACGGACGUGGGCUUCGAGGCGCACGGCGCGGGCGCGGGCGCGCUCUGGAGCAAGGCGUCGCCGGGCCGCAAGCCCUUCGCCAGCUUCCGCAACGACAGCUCCAGCUCGCUGGGCAGCGCCUCCACCGACUCCUACUUCGGGGGCGCGGGCGGCGCGGCCGCCACCCCGCGCCUGGCCGACUUCAGCCCCCCGAGCCCCGCGCUCGGCUUCGCGCACAACGGCACCGGCAGCAACGGCGCCGCGGCCUUCGCCCUGGCCGCCGGGGAGGCCGCCGCGCCGUCCCCCGACGGCUCGGAGCCGCCGCCGGCCUUCGACCCCGCGCCCGCCCCGCCGCCCGGCGCGCCCCUGCUCUGGGCACCCUUCGAGCGCUCCCCGGGCCCGGCCUCCGCCGCCGCGGCCUCCACCACGGCCUCGGCCGCCACGGCCUUCCCCGCCGCCGCCAACGCGCCCUCCGGGGCCGGCCCCGGCCCCGGCCCGCGCCGCCUGCUCCCGGGCAGCUGCCCGCGCCUGUCCCCGCCCCUGCACGCCGCCCCGGGCGCCGGCGAGCACCGGCUGGCCCGCCGCGUGCGCAGCGACCCCGGCGGCGGCGGCCUGGCCUUCGCUUACGCCGCGGGGCUCGGGGCGCCGCCGCCCGCCGAUGCGGCCGGGGACGCGGCCCGGUCCUCGUCGGCCUCCAGCUCCUCGUCCUCCUCGUCCUCCUCCUCCUGCUCCUCCUCCGGCCCGCGGCGCAAGGGCAGCCGCGACUGCGCCGUGUGCCUGGAGAGCGAGGUCAUCGCCGCGCUGGUGCCCUGCGGCCACAACCUCUUCUGCCUGGAGUGCGCACACCGCAUCUGCCAGCGCAGGGAGCCGCGCUGCCCGGUGUGCCACGCGGCCGUCACGCAGGCCAUCCGCAUCUUCUCCUAGGCCUGGGCUGCCCGGUGUGCCACGCGGCCGUCACGAAUCUUCUCCUAGGCCUGGGCUGCUCGGUGUGCCACGCGGGCCAUCCGCAUCUUCUCCUAGGCCUCGGCCUGGGCUGCCCGGUGUGGCACGUGGGCCAUUCGCAUCUUCUCCUAGGCCUGGGCGUGGGCUGCCCGGUGUGCCAUGCGGCUGGCACGCAGGCCAUCGGCAUCUUCUCCUAGGCCUGGGCUGCCUGGUGUGCCACGCGGCCGUCACGAAUCUUCUCCUAGGCCUGGGCUGCUCGGUGUGGCACGUGGGCCAUCGGCA